CAUUGCUCAGCUCACAACCAGAAAAAUAGGGAUGGCUGUGAAAUAGAACCCUAUGUUUUAAGUAACAAAAUGAAACAGAGCAAGAAAAAUUUUGGAUUGUGUGCUCUAGGAAUGGAAUUCAAUUUUCGUACAAAAUUGGACUGAGCCUCAGCCAUGGGCCAGAAUCAAUCUGCUAAAGCCCCACCACAGGAGGAGAUCAAGGGCCCCCCUCCCAGACCAACCGAGCUCCCCACAUCUCGCCUUGUCAGUGACCUUGGACCUAAAAGUCCCAGCUACUACAACCCAGCUAAUUGUGUACUGCCCUCUGUGCUGACUGAGAUUAAGGAUGUUCAACUCAGACCAGUUUCACAUGAGCUCUCUCAAUAUCACCCUGAUUUCAAGGAAAUAUUCUCUAGUCCUGAUCCCAAUGAAAAUGACCAGAGUAAGGAAGAAGUGAAUAUUAAUGGAAAUAUUCCAAAUGGAGAUGUUUCUCACAAGGGUAUUUCCAAUGGAAGUGACAGCAAUGCUAUUUUGUCAAGUUCAUACCCAGGCAUGCAGAGUUCCUUUCUGUCAAAUGGCUUGCCAAGCUCAUCCAAUCGUGGCAAUGGUGGUUCUGUGGAGAAUGGAGUGCUUGUGCAAUCUGCAUCGGGAAAAGUGAGAGGACAUCGCAGACAGAUGUCAGCCACAUCUAGUCUGUACAUCCGUGAAACAAUUCCAGAGGAUCCAAAUGAGGAAUCUCUGGAAAUGCGUGGAAAAAUUGACCCAAUUUCAAUGGAUACAAGUUACAAUUCACAAGUGUCUAUUCCUGUUAAAAGUUCAUUUGAUUUGGAUCAGUCCUAUAAUAUGACUUAUGCCCAACUUGCUGAAGCUCGCAGGAGCAAAACUUUAAUGGAUCUUGAAAAACGAACUGGUAAAAAACUGGAAGACUUAAGUAAUGACUUAGCAGACAAUGCUGAGGAAGGGUCUUUUUCUAGACAGCCAUCUGUUCGGAGCAUGAAAAGUGCUGUUAGUUUAGACUCUGGUUUGAAAAAGAAAAAGAGAGCUCCUCCACCUCCUAACCAUCCUCCACCACAACCACCAACCACAGCACCUCAGAAAACAUCUGCUACACCUCCUCAAAGACCAACUCAACCUCCACAGAAAAAAGCCCAUUCUUUUGAGGAACCGCCUAUUGAUUAUGAUAUGGACACUUUAGAUUAUGCACAAGUGAAGCGCUCUCAGAGUUUACGCACACCAGCCAUACCACCUCCACCUCCUCCUUUGACAAAGUCCAUAUUAAAAAAAUCAGAGACAAGUGAGCCCUAUAGAACAAACAAUCAAUGCCCACAAAGUGCAAUAGAGACCAAAGCACAAAGUGCACCUUCUACUCCUCGUUCUACCUCAGUUUACAAAUCCCCUCCAGUUCUUCCACCUGCUGCAAAAGCAAAUCAGACUAACCCAUUCUUAAUGGAAAUUCAUAAAAAAGCAGAGGGCAUUUCACUUAGGAGACAGUUGUCAGAGCAAGCUGAAAACAAUAAGAAAGCUACAAGUGCAGAACCUGCUGUGGAGACUGUUGAGAAAGUGGAGGAACUUAAUUUCACAGAUAUUUCGAUAGCUGAAGAUGAACCUAAUCUUGUCUUCCAAAGUGCCCCAGCCACACCUCGUGAAACUCAGAACAAAUAUUCCCCCAGACCUCCUCCACUUGUGAAACAGAAUUCAGUUGAUUCAGGAGUCAUUGAAAGUGCAAAUAAUGAAUCACAAAAAUCAGAAGAAAAACUACAAAGACAGUCAUCAGAAAAUUCCACAACCAGUGCUGUUUCAUCCAAUGAAAGCAACACAACACCAGCAACAAGGAGGCUUAAUUCCUUGCUGCAACAUGACAUAAAAAUUGCUGCUCAAGCCAAAGCAACAAAAAUAGUCAAGCACACAACCCCUGUGAAAGAGAAACCUAAAGACCCUGCACAAGUGUUUCGCGAGCAACUUCAGAAAGCUGCUGCAGAGAGGGAGGCAAGGUGCAAGGAAGGCAAGACAAUUGAUUCUCAGCUGGCAGAACAGAAAGAGCGGGAGCAGGAGGAGAAUUUAGUGUUCAAAUCAGAUAUUGUUACGGUCAGACGAACUGAAAGUAAGAAAGAAGUCAAUGAACCUAGAGAAAUAGGGAAAAAGGAGAUUGUUAAUGAGAAAGAGGAGGUGGAAGAAUUCUCUAGACCAAAGUUCAUGAAGAAAAGUUCUACAGCUCCUAGUGGACUAACUGUUAAAAAUUCAAGGCAACGUAUGCCAGACUCAGAUGAAGAGGAUUCAAGCAAAAGUUAUCGGGACUCGGUUUAUGCAGGAAAGGACUGGGUACCAGAAGAUGAUCUCUCAGAUGAUAAUCUCUCUGAUGAUCAGACAAUGAUAUCUCCAAGAAGUGGAAUGGAGGGAUUCAAAACAUCCAUAAUUCCACAGCAGGUCAAGGACUUAAAAACCAAGAGCAAACCCCCAAAAGUAAAGGAGAAGAAAUACAAGAAAAAUUCUGACUCCUCUGCUGAUGAAAGAAGAAAGUUUGACAGCAUUAAGAAAUUCAAGAAAUCUGUACACAAGAGUGUCAGAAAUGCAUUUGGCUCCAUAAGUAAAGCAUCAGGGAAAAUUAUGAAGAAGCAGAAAUCUGAGGAUUUUGAGAUUAUUCAAGAUCCACCCAGGAAUUGGAGGCUUUCUGCUUCUCAUUCAGAUCCAGCAUUUACCAGAAUGAUGAUACCUGAUGAUGGGGGAGAAGAUAGUUCUGAGGAUGAGGAGUCUAUUUUAGAGUCUAGUAUUAGUGGAAGUCAUUCUAGUUGUAAAGCAUCAGAAAGCAAUGGAAGAGGAGAUGAUGAAGAAAGUGAAGGUGAUGAUGAUGACGAUGAUAUUAAAGAUCAUGACAUCAGCACAAUGAAGCGGGCUGGUGUGGCUUAUGUCAACAAAAAAGGACAAAUUGUGCUAUUGCCAGAGUAUGAAACUGUUAAUGGAAGUGACCGUGAAAGAUUCGAAGGUUCUGCUCCUAAGAUUAUUCCAAAGAAGAAGAAGUUUACAUUUGAUGCCACUGUGAGAAGAAAAGAAAGGGAGCUAAAACAUGAAAUAAUCUCAAAAGAAGUUCAGGAGAAAGAAAGAGAAAGGGAAGAAGAGAAACAAAAAGAAAAGGAAACGGAAUUGGAAUUUAGAAGACAGAGAGAGCUUGAAGCCAGAGACAGGCUGCAACGUCUGGAAUUGCAAGCACAGAUGCAGCAGCAGUUGCUGCAGCAACAACAGCAACAACUUGGAUAUCUCUCUGCCCCACCACUUCCACCACCAAAUGGAUUUCAGCAGGGAUACAACCCUGCAGCAUUUGAGUUUUCAAAUAUAAUGAAUCAACCUGGCAUUCAAAAUGGGGGAAUAGGGGUACCUUUUGGUGGACAACCAACAUUCAGUGGACCUAUGUUUAGUGCAGGUGUACCAGGAAUGAGUUAUGAUCUCAAUGAUUACAUGAGAAUGAUGCAAGGCCUUCAACAGAAUCAGAACAAUAUGACAUCUGCAUAUGCAUUCAUGUUGAAUGGGUCUAACUGGCCAAACACUAUGAUGGAUUAUUCCAAAAUGUCUACCAAUAGUGUACAGACUGAUGACUCUCAAAGAAAUGAAGUGUAUAAAACGUGGCAGGGCCCCACCAAACAGGUGGUACCCAACCCUAAUUCAGGAACAGCACAGAAAUAUGUAGUCAACAGUGACAACUCUGGAAACCAGCAAUAUCAAUCUAAUGGUGCUAGUGAUCCCAGUGGCAAGGGAGAUGACUCUAAUUCUGAUGUUUCUGUGUCUGAAGGAUUAUCUCCCCAGAGGGCUUCCAUGGUGGCAAAAAUUCAUGUUGGUGAUUUUAGAUCAUCUGUGACAGAGAAUAAUGUUGGACUAUUCAAGUCAUCCAUUUCGGUUCCAAACUUGUCCAAUUCCAGUGAAAGCACUAAUUACAGGUAA